AUGUCUCUCAACCGCUCAACAACGGACACGUCCUUCUUCGAGACUGAACGCAAGCGCCUGGUGGGGGAAAUCGGAACUGGCUUUGAGGAACUCAUGACCCACACCAAUGUCCUGAACCGCAAGCUCGAAGAGGUCUAUGGCGUCGGCAAGGAGUUUGGCUCCGUCGCAGCUCUCUGGGGCCAGUUUCUCAACAUGAUUGACGAGAAGAAGAACGAACCCCCAACCGACUCUGGCGUUCCUGGCACCGGUGGCACGAACUUUGGAGCCAGCACUCGCUAG